AGACUUGUGAAGAAUUUGCUGCCUUCUUAAGAGCUUGCUGACUUGUUCUCUUGUGAAAUUUCUUGCACAUCUGAAUAUUGUGGAAGAAACAAUAAAACUACAACAUGAGGAAAACUAAAGCCAUGAAGGUCGAGCUCUGCAGCUUCAGUGGGUACAAGAUCUACCCCGGACACGGGCGGCGCUAUGCCAGGACCAACGGGAAGGUUUUCCAGUUUCUUAAUGCAAAAUGCGGGUCGGCAUUCCUUUCCAAGAGGAACCCUCGGCAGAUAAACUGGACUGUCCUCUACAGAAGAAAGUACAAGAAGGGACAGUUGGAAGAAAUUCAAAAGAAAAGAACCCGCCGUGCAGUCAAAUUCCAGAGGGCCAUCACUGGUGCAUCUCUUGCUGAUAUAAUGGCCAAGAGGAACCAGAAGCCUAAAGUUAGGAAAGCUCAGCGAGAACAAGCUAUCAGGGCUGCCAAGGAAGCAAAAAAGGCUAAGCAAGCAUCUAAAAAGACAGCAAUGGCUGCUGCUAAGGCUCCCACAAAGGCAGCACCUAAGCAAAAGAUUGUGAAGCCUGUGAAGGUUUCUGCUCCCCGUGUUGGUAGAAAACGCUAAGUUGGCAGAUGAGAUUCUUAAAUAAAGACCUGACUAUAAA